AUGUCAACAGUGGCCCUGGCCACAGUAUGGGGACCUAACCUGAUAUCCCGUCCGAACGCCCCGUUCACUGUGGAGGACAGCAAAAUAGUCUGCGAGAUUGCUGCCGUGCUGAUUGGUCGGGUGACUGACCUCUUCUUCCUGCAACAGGCCGACUUCCACCGGACUCUUUCUCGGGUAUAUCAGGACUUCUGGGCGCAAAUAAACCCCGCGGAAGAGCCUGUUCCAGAGGGCCAUAGCAUUCUCUAUGUUGAAGGUGAUUUUGAUUAUAGUCUGUUACCAAGGCCAUAUUGCGAGUCCACCCCUAAAACAGUCAUUUUCCGGUCAUCUAGUGCCAUGUAA